GCCACUGUAAGAACAACAGACAAUCCCAUUAUCAGUAAGAACUUGUGCUCUUUAAACCAAGUUCUCUCUCAGAAACAUGACACAGACACUGAAAAAUCUGCCCAUAGUUGGAGCUUUGUUUUCCCUCACUGCAGAAAGGGAUUGUUUUGAAACCAUGGCAGAAGAAAACAGAGGGAUUUCCCUCCUCCACACAGCUGCCUCCAGGCCAUGCCUUCUUUGCCGGAGAAACCGGUUUCCUCUAUCUGAACAGACAUGCAAAACACACAGACACACACACCUACGCAGAAGGGCUCUUCCUCACACAUGCACACACACAAUCAAAAAAAGAAAAAGAAAUACACAACCCCACCCCUGUUGCCAGCUGUUUCUGGUUAGGUCGCUGGGCGAGCAGUGAACCGGAGGAGCAGGCAGGCCGGAGUUAUGGAGCGGCAGCUGGAGAUCACUGCCCUCGGUCUGGCUCUCACAGGGUGGCUUUGUGCCAUUCUGACACGCUGCCUGGCCCUGUGGAAGGUGAGCGGGACCCUGGACAACACCACGGCUACUCUGCCUGCCUACUGGGAUGGGGUGUGGCUGGAAUGGGAUCACUGGGAUUUGGCCCACGAUGGCAGCUUGCACUGCUCCUUCUACCAGUCUCUCAUGACUCUCUCUGGAAGUUUUCGGACGUGGAGAGCCCUCAUCAUGGCUGCCAUCGGAGCCGGGGCUUUUGCUGCGGUGAUAGGAGCAGUGGGGGCUGUUUGGUUCCCUAUGCGUGGGCAGGUCAAAGUGUUUUCUGGAACUCUCUUUGUUUUGUCUGGGAUCCUGCUGUUGAUUCCCACAGCCUGGACGUGCCAUCACACCAGUCAGCCACUGGAGGGUGCUGUGCAGCUGAGAAGAGACUGGGGACCUGCGCUGUACCUGGGAUGGAUCUCCUUUGUUUUGAUGGUGGGUGGAGGGGUGUUUCUCACCACCAGAUGCCCCGCUAGUGAAAGGCAGGUGCAGCUGCCUGAGGAGAGCAGGCACCCGAAUCUUGAGGAGGCUACUCACCCACUGAGCCAGAUCAACAGAACUACGUUCACACACAGCCAGUACGAACGCAGAUCUGAGCCUAUCUGAAGGGACUGGGAAGUAAUAUUUAAAGCGUGUAUGAGUAGAAUUCUGGGUGCACCUGAUGAGUAAUGAUGCACAGACUUAACUAAUCAUUAACAUACUGUAAGUGGAAGCACAGAGACUCUCGCCACUAGUUUUAUUGGUAGAGAUGUUGAUGGUAGGAUUUCAAAUUUGCCUCUUGUUUUGCAUUUGUGUUUCUUCCAUUUCAACUUAACCUUACACACUGUAUAGCAUUGUUUUACAUUCAGUCCUCAUUUCCGGCCUCCAACAUCACUGUAAAAUUACAUGUUUGCUUUUACUUGAUGCAAUUAUUGAUCCUAAACUGUCAUCAAGACACUACAGCCCUCUGAUACUCUUAAUUUAUUGUAACACCUUAAAUGUGAUUGGAAUACCUUAAACUAAACAGAUACAUUGCCCUACAUUAGAGUAAUACCAUUUAAGAUUUGUUUUUGACAGUGCCAAAAACGUUGUUUACAACCGAGAUGAAAUCUGUGCAAAAGGACACAAAAACUUACAACAUAAAUGUUACGUAGUUCACAAGAGUCAUUUGGCAAGUCCUGCAUUAGAGGGGUAUAACUUAUUUGGCCAGGGAGCACUUGAGGAGGGAAUAAGCUGAACAGUAACAGUGAAACAUACUGCAGCCAUCUGUUUUUGUUUAUUUUUCUCUUUUUUUUAAAGAGGUGGCUGGAUGCAUGAUGAAAAGGAAGCAGGCAAUGUCUUUUGAGUAGGUUGCUACAUUUACAAACUAUUCACAGUAGGGUGUAAAAGGAUGGACUUUUCAGACUUCUAUUUGCAGAUCUACACCUAUUUUGAACAGGCACAUCGUGGGACAUCAGUAGGUUACAUUUUUUAAAUUAAA